UCACUUUUCUUUGGAAGUAGCGAAGAAGUAGCACAUCCUGCAGAUCCCUUUUCAUGUAUUGUAUGAGGAUGUUCCUCCUGUUCUGCGUCCUCUGCCUGAUGUCUUCUACUGGCCAGAGUCAGCUUCAGGGACCUCCUGGUCCUAAAGGUGACCGAGGAGAUGUUGGGCCACCUGGGCCAGCUGGGAGACCUGGGCUACUUGGGCCAAUUGGGAGACUUGGGUUUCCUGGAGCGAGGGGACGGAUUGGACUGCCUGGAUCUGUUACAUUAUGUGGACAAGGUGUCUCUGGUCAGGAACUUGAAACCUUAAAGAACAGCCUCGCUAAGUUAGAGCUGGUCAUGACCUAUGACUUUGUCCGAACAGUUGGUCAGAAAUACUUUGUGUCCUACAAGAAGAGAGACUCUUUCUCCAGGGCCAUCGAGUUCUGCUCCCAACGAGGCUUAGAGCUUGCUUUGCCCCAGAACGAGGAGGAGAACAACAUGCUCACUCAAGUGUUUGGGGAUGAUAACAAAACAGCCUGGAUCAACGUCAACACUAACAAAGCUGAGGGGAAUUUUGAGGCCGAUAUGAAAAACCGACCUCUGACCUUUACGAAAUGGGGGGAAGGGCAGCCAGACAAAUCCAUCCAGGAUACAGGCUGCACCAUGCUGUCAGAAAACGCCUUCUGGAGAGUGACACACGAUUGUUCUCUGAAUGCUUACAUCGUUUGUCAGAUGUAGAAAGUUGUUGCUUUGCAAGUCAUGUUUUAAAUGUUGCUUUAAACAAACGUUCAGUCUCUUAUAAUAUCCAGUAAAUCAAAAAUAAUGACCCCAGUUUAUCUUUUUUUUGAUGGAGAUAUCAUGGAAACUUCUUCAAGGUCCGGGUUUAGGAAUAACUCAAUGUAAUAGUUUCCCACCAACAUUCUUGUGAUAUGUAUCUUAAUCCCUCUUUAAAAAACAUCUUAAUUGCAUCAGCAAUGUUGCAUUAUUACUCUUGUGCAAACAUAUUCUUCUUCUAAAAAGAAAUUUAGCAACUGAAUACACUAAUACUUUUCAUGGCUAUGUAAAGAGUGUAAGAACUUUUCAAAUGCGGUGUGUUAAAACAAGCAUGUAUGACGCAAUAAAGCAUAGCAAAGCAGUG